AGAUAGGAUCGUCCGAUGGGGCUCCGGUGGCGUGAUCUCCUGGACCGGGGCGUCGGGCACCCACACCCCAGAAAGUUUCCUCCCCGAAGUCGAGGCACCCGUGGCUUCAGGCAGUCUCAACGCCACUCCCCUCUGGGUCCAAGCCUGUGGGAGGGAUCCCUGCAGCCAGACUCCGACUGCCCGGGCGGGAAGUGACAGCCGCGAGCCCCAGCACUCUUGGCGCGCUUGGCCCAGCUGGGUCCUGAGCUCCCACUCACCCACGUCCUUCCUCCUUCCAAAAGAGGAUGCGGUCUCUUGGGUCCCCAGCAGUUGGAACGCAAAUCGCCCUGAUGGGCACCGGCAGCUCUACGCGGCCAUGGUGGCCACUGCCAUCGCUGCUGCUGCUGCUACUGUUCCUGAGCCCCGCGAACGCCCAUUCCCAGGAGGACGAGGACGGCGACUAUGAGGAGCUGGUACUCGCCUUUCCCUCCGAGGAGGACGGCCCAGCCGAAUCGGCCCCGCACAUGUCCACUGCCACCUUCCAUCGCUGCGCCAAGGAUGCCUGGAGGUUGCCGGGCACCUAUGUGGUGGUGCUGGGGGAGAGAAGCCACCGAUGGCAGACGGAACGUGUGGCCCGACGUCUGCAGGCCCAGGCUGCCCGCCGGGGUUACCUCACUAAGGUCCUGCAUCUCUUCCACGACCUCUUUCCCGGCUUCCUGGUGAAGAUGAGCAGUGACCUGCUGGACCUGGCCCUGAGGUUGCCCCAUGUUGAGUACAUCGAGGAAGACUCCUCUGUGUUUGCCCAGAGCAUCCCAUGGAACCUGGAGCGGAUCAUCCCUGCACACUACCAGGCCAUGGAACAAAGAGCCCCCCAUGGAGGUGGCCUGGUGGAGGUUUAUCUCUUGGACACCAGCAUCCAGAGCAGCCACCGGGAAAUCGAGGGCAGGGUCACUGUCACCGACUUUGAGAAUGUACCUGAGGAGGAUGGGACACGCUUCCACAGACAGGCUAGCAAGUGCGACAGCCACGGCACUCACCUGGCAGGGGUGGUCAGCGGCCGGGAUGCUGGUGUGGCCAAGGGCGCCAACCUGCGCAGCCUGCGCGUGCUCAACUGCCAGGGGAGGGGCACUGUCAGCAGCACCCUCAUAGUGCUGGUGGCCGCUGCGGGCAACUUCCGGGACGAUGCCUGCCUUUACUCCCCAGCCUCAGCUCCAGAGGUCAUCACAGUUGGGGCCACCAAUGCCCAGGACCAGCCAAUGACCCUGGGGACCUUGGGGACCAACUUUGGCCGCUGUGUGGACCUCUUUGCCCCAGGAGAGGACAUUAUUGGUGCCUCCAGUGAUUGUAGCACUUGCUUCGUGUCACAGAGUGGGACAUCACAGGCUGCUGCCCAUGUGGCUGGCAUUGUGGCCAUGAUGCUGACAGCUGAGCCGGAGCUGACCCUGACCGAGCUGAGGCAGAGACUGAUCCACUUCUCUGCUAAAGAUGUCAUCAACAAGGCCUGGUUCCCUGAGGGCCAGCGGGUACUGACUCCUAACCUAGUGGCUGCACUGCCCCCCAGCACCCAUUCAGCAGGAGGACAGCUGUACUGCAGGACGGUGUGGUCGGCACACUCAGGGCCCACACGGACAGCCACAGCCGUGGCCCACUGUGCCCCAGGCGAGGAGCUGCUGGGCUGCUCCAGUUUCUCCAGCAGUGGGAAGCGGCGGGGCGAGCACAUCGAGACUCGAGGGAGCCGGCAUGUCUGUCUGGCCCUUAACGCUUUUGGAGGAGAGGGUGUCUACGCCGUUGCCAGGUGCUGCCUGCUACCCCAGUCCAACUGCAGUGUCCACACAGCUCCUCCAGCCAGGGCGGAUAAGGAGACCCGUGUCCACUGCCACCAAGAGGGCCAAGUCCUCACAGGCUGCAGUUCUCACUGGGAGAUAUCAGAUAUUGGCACCCACAGACGACCUGGGCAGAGGCCUGGAGGGCAGUCUGACCAGUGUGUGGGCCACAAGGAGGCCAGUGUCCAUGCUUCUUGCUGCCGUGCCCCAGGCCUGGAGUGCAAAGUCAAGGAUCAUGGGGUCCUGGGCCCUGCAGAGCAGGUCACUGUGGCCUGUGAAGAGGGCUGGACCCUGACUGGCUGCAAUGCCCUCCCGGGGGCCUCCCCCAUCCUGGGAGCCUAUGCUGUGGACAACACGUGUGUGGUGAGGAGCUGCGACAUGGACACUGCAGGCAGGACCAGUGAGGAGGCCACAAUAGCCACUGCCAUCUGCUGUCGGAGCCAGCCCCCAGGCCAGGCCUCCCAGGAACUACAGUGAAAGCCCAGGCCAGCAUGGAUGCCCGGGUGGGGGCCAAGGACUGGGUGCUAAGUGGAUGAAACAGCUCUACCAGCCUGGCCCUGCUGGCACUGGCCAGGGGUGGGGUGCUCCUUGCCUGGGAGAACUCAGCGUCUCUCCCUGGACCCUCCUCCCCAUAGAGGUGCAGGGAAGUCCCUCCUUCACUGGGGGAGCAGAGAUGGCCUUUAAUACAUCAUCAAAGCGGGUUAAGUUGUGCUCGGCUCUGCCAGCUGCUCCCAAGGUAUCACCCCCCCUCCAUGGCAGUUACCUUCUAGAGCUCUCUUGCUGGUGCCAGGCCCUCAGUCCUCCCUUGGGGGCUGGAUGGGGCCAAGUAUCAGCCUGGGGCAGCGAGGGUGAGGGUGUUGGAGGUCCUUUACUGCCUGCUCUCUUUAGAGAAGCCCCUGGGGUCCCUGAUGAAUAAGGGUCAUAUCCCACAUGUUCUGGGGAUGGGAGUGGAGUGAGGUUCAGGCAGAGGGUGGAGACAGAGGCUCCUGGUUAACACAGGCCAUGCCUCAGCUUCUUCCAGCCGCCCUCACUGUGCUCCGUCUUAGACUUUGUAACUGCCCAGUAUCACCUACAGUGAGCCACCACCCCAGGACCAGCUUUUCGAUUUGCAGUGGAGGGCCACAUGAUACAUGCCCCAUCAUCAGACCCCCUCUACUGCCCUGUACUGGCACUCCUACUUUAUGAAAGAAGACACUAGAAAUGAAAGUGGGAGUACCUGCCAGCCUUGCACAGCCAGGAAGUGAAGUGGUACCAGGAUAUGAACCCAGAGCCAUCUGGCUAGAAGCCAAGCCUGUUUUCAGUGUACCAGGCUGGGCUCCUCAAUUUUAUAGAUAACAGUGAGGCUACAAAGGUGAAGGUGUCUGCACCCUGCUUGCUGUGGACAAGGGCCUCCGCUGUGGCCUGGUGUGGAGGUCAGUCAAGUAGCCCAGUGACUGUCCUUCCCUGAGCACUGCCCCGCCCCACCCACCCAAACAAAUAAGCUCGUCUAGCUUUGGGGGCUCUUCUCUGUUGCCUUUAUAUAGCAAGGAACUUUUCCAGAUCUGUUUUGCUUUUGUAAUUUGAUAUUUAUUCUGGGUUUUGUAGCAUUUUUACUAUGUGGUGACUUUUUAAAAUAAAAGCAACAUUGUCAGGAUUCUGGACUGGA